AUGUUGUCAUUCCAAAUUCAGCACAGCCAAGCUUCACGGCAGGCAGCAAAAGCUGCAGCACUUGGUCUUGCUCGAACAAUAUCUUCUUCUCCGUCUCUGGUGAGAGCACCUAUAGCUCUUCGAGCCGGUUGUACCGUUUCCCAGCAACACCGGCUCUUCUCAUCGACACCAACGCACCAACUUCGUGACUUCUUUCCGGUCAAAGAGACACCACAUAUCCAGACGACCAAGCCAGCCUGGCCACACGAAGGCUACACAUAUGAUGAAAUGUUGGCGGUCGAACCCGCUCAUCGACCUCCCAGGACAGUCGGUGACUAUACAGCCUGGAAAAUUGUCCGCUUUGCCAGAUAUUGCAUGGACAAGGCUACAGGUAUGGAUCGUGAUCAGAAAUCCGACAAGACCAAGCCGACUAUAGCCAUCGAGGCUCAGAAGCCACUCACCGAGGCUCAAUGGCUGAUUCGAUUCAUCUUCCUCGAGAGCGUGGCGGGAGUUCCCGGCAUGGUUGGGGGCAUGUUGCGCCAUCUCGGCAGCCUUCGACGCAUGAAACGAGAUAAUGGCUGGAUCGAAACACUCCUCGAGGAGAGCUACAACGAAAGAAUGCAUCUCUUGACUUUUAUGAAGAUGUGCGAGCCUGGUUGGUUCAUGAAGAUGAUGAUCAUCGGUGCUCAGGGAGUCUUCUUCAACAGUCUGUUUGUGUCCUAUCUGAUCUCGCCCAAGAUUGUCCACAGGUUUGUCGGUUACCUUGAAGAAGAGGCUGUUCACACCUAUACUCGUUGCAUCAAGGAGAUCGAAGAUGGCAACUUACCCAAGUGGAGUGACCCCAGUUUCCAGAUACCCGACAUUGCUAUCCAGUACUGGAAGAUGCCAAAAGAACACCGUACGAUGAAGGACUUGAUCCUCUACAUCAGGGCUGACGAGGCCACUCACCGAGGAGUAAACCACACACUUGGUAACCUCAACCAAACGGAGGACCCCAACCCAUUCGUCAGCGAAUAUAAAGAUCGUGAGCCACCCAAGCCCGCACUGAAGCCCACCGGCUACGACCGCGUCGAAGUCAUCUAG